AUGAGUGAAUGGACUUCAGAUGAAAACAUUAAGAGUACAAAUAAUCAGAGGGCUAUAAAUGCAUUUUACACUGCUUUGUCCCCUGAAAAAUUUCAGUUGAUAUCUCAUUGUACCUCAGCGAAGCAAAUUUGGGAGGUUCUUGAAGUCACUCAUGAAGGAACCUCAACAGUUAGAGAGUCCAAACUCCAACAGUUUAUGCAACAAUUUGAAAACAUGAAGAUGGGAGAUGAUGAGAAGUUUGACGAUUUUUACUAUCGGUUAAAUAUCAUUGUAAAUGGAUGUUUCAAUCUUGGUGAUCCUAUUCCUCAACAUAGGAUAGUCAAGAAGAUUCUAAGGUCUCUUCCCAUGAGAUUUCACUCCAAGAAGACUGCCAUUGAGGAAUCAAAAGAUCUAUAUACUUACAAGCUUCAAGAGUUGAUUGGUAAUUUGAACACAUAUGAAAUGGAGAUUCCAGGUGAGAAGAAAAUGAAGAGCAUGGCUAUUAAAGCUGUGAAAAACGUUAAAGAUGAUGUCUUGAAUGAUGAGGAUGAUGCAGAUGAAACAGCCCUUUUGACAAGACAAUUCACAAAAUUCCUUAAGAACAAGAAAGCUAGAGGAAAUGACUACAAGAGUGAUUCUAGUUCCAGGUUCACAAAGAAUCAAGAUUUUUCAGGUGAUAAAUCGGCAAAGUUUCAAAGAUCAAUUGAGAAAAGGAUGAAAAAUGGUCCGAAGUGUUUUGCCUGUGAUGGAAAUGGUCACAUAGCUUCUGAGUGUGCAAAUACUCUUAAAAAGGUGAAGACAGGUCAAAACAAGGCCAUGAAUGCUUCCUGGAGUGAUAGUGAUUCAGAAGACGACAUUACAGUUGACAACGAAACUGGAGCUAUCGCACUUAUUGGCUUGGUGAAUACAAUAGAUGAGUCAGAUGAUGAACCAGAUAUAGAAGAAGUAUUGCAUCAAUAUAUUGUACUAUUUGAGGCCUCAAAAGAAUUGAAGCAAAGGAAUCAUUCUCUGGUGGAGCAACUAGAAGGGUUGAAGCUAGAAAUGAGUAGGACUGAAACUGAUUUUCAAUUCCAACUUGAGGCUGGUGACGAAAUCCCAAAAUCUCUUGUUGAACAGGUUCAAUCUCUCCAACUAAGCUGUCAAGAAAAAUCUGAUAAAAUAGUUGAACUCCAAGAUGAUAAAGGUCAUCUGACCCUCUUACUUGAGCAAGCUGAAGCUAAGUUGCUGAAUGCUAACAAGAGUGAAGAAAAACUCAAUGACAUUUUGUCUAUGGGUAAGAAAUUUGGUGACAAAAGUGGUCUGGGAUACAGUUUGGAAGUUCAUCUAAGACUGACCACACAACUAAGUUUGUAA